GCCGCGGCCCCGCCCUCCCCGGCGCGGCCCGCCCAGUUCAAGGGCAGCGGGGCUGGCUGCUCCGGUCCCGCGGAAGGGGAAGGCGAGGGUGAUCCCCGCGUGGGGGCUGGUCUGCGACGUGGCGGAGGCCGGGAGAACGAGGCCGGGGAAAGGCCCAGGAAAUGACUGCUGGCCCAUUGUGCAGAAAACUGAGACUCAGAAGUGAGGAGGAGACUCGACUAGGAACGCACAGCGAGGUCAGAGCUGACCAAGAAGCAUUCACAAGCCAAGCCAUGGAUCCACCUGCCCGGAAAGAAAAAUCCAAAGUUAAAGAACCUGCCUUCAGAGUGGAGAAGACUAAGCAGAAAUCUGCCCAGCAGGAGCUGAAGCAAAGACAAAGAGCAGAGAUCUACGCUCUCAACAGAGUCAUGACGGAGCUGGAGCAGCAGCAGUUUGAUGAGUUCUGUAAGCAAAUGCAGCCACCUGGAGAGUGAGGCAGCUGGCAUCUGAGUCAGAGGCCCUGGAGUCUCACAGAAUUAAACAAGACUUGUAGAGAACUCUGCACUGAACUUCCUGUAGGUAACUUCACCACACUGGUUCCUCCUCUCAGAACUGGCCCAGUGCUUGCUGGGUAGACUUUUCAUCUGGAACAGCAGAUUUUUUAAAAAGGCCUUUUUUCUACUGUGUGAGAAAAAUCAUUGUUUCUAGUGAAACUGUGUGUCCUCCCUAAAAAUAAUAAAAUACAAAAUGUUCAUUUGUUCUUA